AUGGCCUCAGCGCCACGCCCAUUUCUGCUUGGCGCCUUAGGGUUAAAGAGGAGUUUAUCUGACUGGCUGUCGGUUGGGGCAAGGAAUAUAGCUUAUUUUUCGCCAACUUUCGACCGUCCCGACAGUCCCUCCGGACGUUUUGGACCUUCAUCGCGAGCCGGCCCUCACCCGAUCUUCAGGACCAGCUUCGCGGCAGCCGGCUGGCGGGUCUCGUUUUUUUCUUCGGUUGCGGUGAAACAACACGGAAUCGACCAGUGGCAUCAGGGGGUUGUGUGCGACAAAAGGGAAUAAAAGAUUCAAUAAAGGCUACGGAAGACGCCCCAGAGGGCAAAAGAUCAGAACCGUAGCCUUGCUGACCUUCGGAAUCUGGCGCCGGGCAAGUUCCUCCGCCGACUCUUUCGAGCCCCCAAGGAUGGUGGGGCUCCACCGAAGCAGCCCCACGAGAAGAAGCACGAUGAGAAGAAGCACGAUGAGCAGGAGGAGGGUGUCAGUUCGUGUGUCCAUUCCCCCGCCUCCACAUCGUCCGAGGUCGUGACAUCGCUCACGAACGGCGACCUCAAGCGCCACCAACAACACCGCCACAGUCAUCGCGAGUCCGUCCACAUUGAGCAGUCCAGUCCACCGUCAGCACGACGCCCGACGUCCGCGACCUCCGGCAAGAAACCUAUGGUGCAGUCGGAUGUUGCUAUGUAGGUUGUUUGUCAUGGCAACUGUUUUUGUUUACUUGUUUUGGGGCUGGCUAAUGGUCAAGGCUAUUUGGAAUUUGCAUAUUAGAGUUUGUCUAUAUUACAAAGAUAAUAUGUUAUUAGGUCUAGCUUGCAGUAAAGACUUGGAGUUAAAAAUCAAUUCUCGUAUUUAAUUUAUACUACUUUAGGUAUAUUUCACAUAUUUUUUUUACUUUUGCUUUACAUUACUCUGGCAUAUAGUUUUACUUUGUUAAGAGUAACUGUCUUUACUUUGUAGUAUUUGAUUGACAACAUGACAUGCCCGUUGUUUUUAAGCGUUAAAUUCCUCUUGAUGCACAUAUCAGAGGUUUUUUUGCGUUUUGAUAUCGACUUUAGGCUUAAUUUUGGGUCCAAUGUCUAUCAGGCUAAAAUUUUAAGUGUUUAGGCUUAUUUUUAAACUUAAUUUUUCUUAAUCUCUAGGCUUACAUGUCAAGAAAGGUUUAAAAUAUGUUUUUAAAGUAAAUUAUACCUUUUUUCUUUACCACAGCUUUUAAACUUUGACUUUAAUUUUUAUUUCAAAGCUCAUAUCUAAUGUUAACUUUUACGACCUCAACCUUCAGCUUGACGUCAGUUUCAUGACUUUAGGCUUAAACUUUGACUUUUGUUCUGAAAUCCGAACACAAAACAUUAUGUUUUACGAGUAUUUGGUUGUUGUUGCCAUCUUGUUUGAAUUCUGUUUUAAUGAGUUAUAGGUCUUGAAUAGAUUUAUAUCAGUACGUAUUCAAUAGCUUUAUAUUAUAAUGAAUAUAGCGAUAUAUAUGGCUUUUUUCUUUAUGAUAUAUAUGGCCCUAGCACGUGCAUUUGCAAUAAUAGCACGUUUAUGAAUAAUAUGGAAAAUGUUGUUAUGUUGACAUGUUUUGGCCAUAACUCGGUUAUCUUGACAUAGUAGGAGAUUAUAUGGGUUGAUAUAUGUUAGUUUUUAUAUUGGCAAAGUGUCUUUAUUGAAGGGAAGUAGCAAGCUUUAAAAACAAUGGCAUGAGGAAAGGGUGGGGUAAAAUGAUAGUUAAUGGGCGGGGUAAAAUGUUGCGUAAGGGUUGUUUUUUGAAAAGUUUUUUUUUUAUUUGAAGUUAUAAAAAAUAUUGUUUGAAUAUCAAAAAUUUUUUAAAUUUAAAAAUAACUUUUGCAACAUUCUAUCAAAUCCCUAAUUUCACGCCCUGAGGCCAUAAAUAAAUAUUUUUUGCAUGAAAUUCGAUCUUUCUUGGCCACAAACAAGACAUAUGCCUUGUUGAACAUGGCUGAAGUCAGUGGAGCGAAAGUCUUUUAUACAUCGCGAUAAGGGAUCCUCAAGGGCGCGACAAACCGGAAAGAAGAUCCGCCUUUCAAGUUUCAAUUAUAAUAUCACCUUCAUUCAUAUCAUCGUAUCUUGUUGAUAUUCUGGCAUUCCAAGGACAUUUGUCAUAACAUUAGGUUCUACUGUAAGCUCUGGUUGCUACAUGACUAUAGUAUAUUGGAAUACUCAGUAAUUUCUAUAUUGUAUUAGUUUUGAGCAUAUAGGUUUCUUCAUUUACUGGUCGUAUUUCACUCUAUAUCUACGACAAUAUAAGUCAUCUGACUCUAAAUUGACAUAAUAUCUUGUUUCCUUGUUAUUAUAACAAGCUGACAACAUAUUUUGUGAGACAAGGGACUAGUCUAAUCAACAAGUUUAUUAUACUUGUCAAUCGACCACUUCCUGACAUCUUCAGGACAUUAUACUUGACAUCUAAACUCUUUGGUAUAAAAGAGCUCAUUCUAGUCGUAGAUAUUUUAUUUUUGGCUUAAUAGUAGCUAAUACUAUAUAUAAUUCUAUACUAGCUAAAAUUCUAGUCUAUUCUAAAGUUUAGUCCAGCUAGAGGAUAUUAAAAAUAGUCUAAAGGCAGGCAUAGUCCAGAUAUUACUCUGUAAGGCUAACCCUGAACUAAAGUCACGGUCAAGCACCUGAAUAGGCCUCUGAAACCGUCGCUUUCACCGAAUCCGACUCUUCCCAACUCCGAAUCUUCUUCCUUUCACUGAAACCCUCCACCGUCGCCGUCUGAAUGGGCCUUCAGAAGCGCUCAUUCCGAUCACUAUUCCGUCGAAACAAGCGGUAUAUCUUAAUCAGUCUUGUUUUGAUGGCUUUGUUGUUAUCACCUCUUUAAUCACUCUUUGUUACUUGCAGAAAGGUGUGUGUUCAUUGCAAAUGCGACAGGAACGAGCACGAUGUCGACUCCAAUAAAGUGCUGACUGUGUACGAGCGUUUGGGAAUCAAGCCGAAGGAAGGCGUAGCGGUGAGUAAUUGGGGGAGAGGGUGGGGUGGAAUGGGUAAAAAGAUUAUUUUUAAAAUUUUAUAACUUAUUUAAAAUUUUAAAAACUUAUGUAAACGGCUUUAAAACGUAAAAUACAGAGAUUUAGCACAAAAAAUUUGAUGUUACACUACUUUUUUUGGUCAUAACUCUUUUAUAAGCCUAAAUACAACAUUGAAAUUGUAUAAAAAUUAAACACAAAACCUGUAAAAUUAGUUGAAAACUAUUUAUCGUACUUUUAUACUGUAUGUUUUGACAAAACUGGUUGAAUUACUUCUCCUCGAGCAAGUUCUGUCUACUAUAAUAUAAAGUUUAUGGCCGAUUAGCCUUGCCAUCCUUUUAUUGGACUCGAAAAGACUACGAAAAUACGUAGCAACGUCAGAACUUAAUUCGAACUUAUUUUAGUCAAUUUGAGUUUUGAAAAAAAUUAAAUUUACAAAUUUUUUAAAACUUAAACUCAUUUUUUAAAUGCUACGUAACACAACAUACUUACAGUUAAUAUAUUACAAAUAAAUUGCAGCUAGACUGGUUAAAACGUAGUUUGGUCUAAAAUUUUGUGUAAACUAAAAUACGACAUUUUUUAUUUUUGGUUUUUUAAAUGCCGGAUUCUAUGUAUUUUUUGACCAAACAAGUAUUUCCUUGUAAAAUACGAAAUUUUUCAACCGGCUAAACGACAUACAAUAUAUAAAAAAGCUGCCUUCAGAUGCCGCAGAAAAACAACGAAAUCGGAACGGCCGGCCAUGGCUACACCUGGGUCCCGCCUGGAUUGCCUAGGGUUAAGGUCGAGGAAUACAUGAAUAAACUGCCAAACCAUGUGGUGCCACGGGUCAACUCGGCCGGUGAAAAGUACCGCGAGAAGCAAUUAAUGGUCCAACUACCUCGACAAGACCUCUCCGUCUCCUACUGUAAACACCUGCGGACCGCGGUAGAGCGUCGUAUCUACGAUGAGUUCGUGAACUCGAGGAAUGAGGUCGCUCUGGACAUUGGAUAUGUUAAUGCCACUCUUACUGCCACAACUGUAAGACUUUACAAGGUUUCUCAAAGGUUUUUUUGGAAAUAGUUUUGUGCAGGCUGCGGUUUGGAACAUUGUCAUGGGCGCAGCUUGCCAGUUUUAAAAACAAAAAAAUGAAGUUAUGAAAAAUACAAAGAAUGCAACUAUUUCUACCUAUUUUAUUACCAAAGCCAACUUUUUAAAAUUUCCAGGAAUGCCGCAAAUGCAAAGGGAUUCUGGAGAAGGGCACGAUGGCUGUGAUCUCGCCCAAAUUGGGCGACGACGCCGGCUGGCAUCCAGCUUGUUUCUCGUGUGAAACUUGUGAACAGGUAAGAAUUGUCACAAUAUUUACAGUCCAGGGCUAUUUACUGAUGUUUACAGUUGAAAAACCUAAUAAAAUUAAAUUUUUUUAUUUUAAAAUUUGCACAUGCAUUUUCAAUGCCAUUCUUAACUUGUUUAUAUGUCAUAGUCAAGUUAAAGAAACAAGUACACCCCCUCGGGGAAUGUCUGAUUAUCCGUUUUUGGCAUUUAAAAAACUUUAAACUGCUCAAGUUUUGGGUUUAAACACAUUAAUAGUUAAUGUGGGGGUGGAUCUUUAAAUAGUUUGCGGUUUACGAUAGGAGUUUAGGCUAAAAUCGAUAAUACUUUAGGCUAAAAUGGCAAUAUUUUGAUUAAAAGUGACUAAAUCUUGUCAAAAGUCAUUUUUGAAACAAUUUUCAAAGCAAAAAUAAGCAAAAAAUGUUGAUAUUUAAGUAAAAAAGGCAAAGUUUUUUUAAAGGUUUUUUUUUCGAUACUUGAUCCGUAUUUUACAAUAAAAAAUCUGUUUUUUGAGACAUUUCUUUAUGACAAUCGACUUGUUUUUGCAAGGAAAGUGGAAGUAUAUUUUCAUAAACUUUGAAAGGAUUAGAUUGUCAUCUAUUUUUUAAAGCUUUCUUAUGGCUAAAAUUGACUUUUAUUGCCAUUGUAAGCUCUUUGUGUUAUACAUAAGCUUGUUCUAAAUCUUAUGUUAGAGUUUGUUGGCAAAAAUGUCUUCGUUUGUCAUUAUACCAUCAUAUAUUUCCUUGAAAAGUGAUUUUAAGUCUUAUAUUUGAAACUUUUGUAUACACCUUGGGACUCAUUUACUACUCUGAAACGGUAUCAAUUUGAUUAGAAGCUGUUAUAUUAUACUAGUCAACAAAAGCUGUAAAAUCAAUAUAUAAAGUAAUAUGACAUUAUACUUGAUCAACAACAAUAUUUUCUUCUAGUAACAAUAUCUAUUAUCAUUUUCAAUAUUUUCAGUUACUGGUCGACUUGACAUACUGCGCCCGUGAGGACAAGAUCUACUGCGAGCGGCACUACGCCGAGCUGCACAAACCAAGAUGUUCAGCAUGUGAUGAGGUAAGUGCAGGAUCCGAUUACUCGUCGGUAUUUGGCCGGAUACGACCGGCGGGACAUAAAGUAAACUUUACUUUACACACAUGUUGCUAAAAGUAACCUGCAUGCGGUGUACACUUUGGUAGAAAUUGGCUUUGGGCUAGGUGUGGGUGAUAGAGGGGUGGUUUUUAUAAGUAUUAGAUAAGGUAAAUUUACAUUUUCUUGCAAUGUCGUGAUAAGGAUCAUUGUGUUGUCACCGUGGUGCAAGGGGCAAAAGACUGAUAGAGUUAUAAAUUGUAAAUAACACAACACAGGGCAGGGUAUGAGAGCCUGACUGUAAGUCAUAAGGUUAUAGUCAUAAAAGUAUUGCAAUGUUAGCAGAGUUUAGGAACUACAGCCAGAUGUCGGUAAGAACAGCCACCUUCUGUGACAAACUUUAGAAACGUGCUUUUUGCUCUCUCAUGAUCAACAUGGCUCAUCCUAAAGUGUCAUACCUCUUUUGCAAGUGAUAUCUUUAGGGGUUUUUAUGUUUGCAAAUAAUUUUAUAGAGUUUUGUUUUUGCAAUAUAUCUCAAUAUGUCUCUUUAUAUGGGUAACCAGCACUUACAUACCUUUCUAUACGCCUUUUAUAAGCUUCCUUGAUCAAGGAUAGUACUUAUAUGGUUCUAUAGCCCUUGUUAGCUUGUCUUGGUACUGAAAAUAGAUAGUGAUCUAAUCAAUUCAAUACUAGUACUGAUAAGACCUUAUAGUUUUACUUUGGCUUCUGAGUACUCCUAUGUUCUAUAUAAAUAGCCUAUCCUAUGCCAUCUCUAGUGGUUAUCUUAUUCUAUCUAUACAGCCUAUCUCAACCUACCUAUUCAUCUCCAAACUUCAAUAUCCCCUCCCCUCCAGCCCUAUCUUGCCCCUCUCUGCUUCUCUGGCCGUAGGUGUGCCGUUUCGGCCGCUGUUCCCCCACUUUUGUUUCCGGCGCUUCAUCAACGAGAAGGACAGGCGCUUGCAGUCAGAACAUGUUCCCUAAUCAUGCAGAUAUAUAUGUGCGCCAUUCGAUUCUUAUUUCGCGUUUGUUUCGACCCGCGGGACGGUGGCGCCCGAAUGGAUAUGACCCCAGGGGAUAUCGCCCUGCCCCGCCGCCCAAAACUUUCUUUGUUUUGGGCCGAGUGGCUGAAGGAAGUGGUUUCGGGUUGAUCCGCGAUCAUGAAUUUAGAAAAGGAGGUGGUAGUGACGUUUUUUUUGCAAGGGUGUUGGGUGAGAACUUUUUUUUUCAUAAGGGGUGGUUUAAAAAAUCUGGUUCAAAAUAGUUUUGCCAGAGGUGUCUUUGCGAUUUAUAUGGCUUUUGGCAACAAUUUUAUAAUUUUCGAGGGUUUGAAAGGGAUUUUGGUAAUUUGCAAUCUUCUGAGAAAAUUAGAAGUUCAAAGAAUUUGAUGACAUCGUAAGGUCUCUAGGAUACAUAUUUAUUUAUUUGUUUAUUGCAUCUAUUAAUACAUUUAAACAAAAAAUAAUAUAGACGAUAAUAUAUAUAGUUCAAUGUAUUAAUUAUUGCUGACCCCUAGGGGGCUGACUUCUCAAAUUUCUGCAAGUUCUACUAUAAAAGAAAUGAUAUUUAACUGAACUUUUGGAGAAGGGAACAAUAAUUUUACUACCACCUCUUGUCCUGGACUGGACAGAUUUGGGCACUAAAGACAAUACAAUUAAUUUUCUAGACAUAAUUUUAUUACAAAACACUUUAUCAAUAUUUAAGAGACGUUCUGACAAUGGGAUUAUGGAUAAUAUUUUAAGUCGUUCGGAGUAAGAGGGAACGGGGUUAAGAUUUAAGCAACGACGGACAAUGAUACGAGUAAAGGUUUUUUGAAGUUGUUCUAACUUUUCCGAGUGUUUAGCCAGAUGUGGAAAGUAAAGAGGAGAACAGUAAUCAAUGAUAGGUAAAACAUAAAUUUUGUAUAUUUUUAUAAGAAUUUUUAAGUUGUUAGUUUUAACGACUUUUAACAGAAAGAAAAUCCUUUUUUGACAUUUAGAGUAUACUUUUUGAAUGUGAUCAUGGCAUGUUAAUUUAGCAUUAACCAUUAGUCCGAGAUCCCGGACUACAGUGCUAGUAGGAAUUGGUGAGCCGUUAAUAAAAUAGGGGUGUUUGGGGUUAGAAGGAUUAAUAUGUAAGACAACACAUUUGUGAAUAGGUAAUUGUAGCCCAUUAUUAGUACAGUAUAACACAAACUUGUCAAUAAAGUCUUGAAUUUCAUUGUGGUCACUCGAUCUACCAUAAAUUUUAACGUCAUCUGCGAACAUUUGAAUUGAGAUGUUGUUCGUAGGACAGUAAUAUGGAAGAUCAGACAUAAAAAGCAAGAAAAGAAGAGGACCAAGGGUCGACCCUUGAGGCACUCCAGUGGACAUUGAACGAGGACUAGAUAAAGUAGAGUUAAUCUUGACAGAAAAAUAACGUUCCGAAAGGUAACUUUCAAUCCAUUUGAGAAACAUACCAUUAAUGCGUUGAUUAGAAAGCUUAGUUAAAAGAAGUUGUUGGUUAACAGUGUCAAAUGCUUGUUUCAAGUCAAAGUAUACAACAUCAGAUGAAAUUUUAUUGUCGAAAUUAUUAGUAAGUGUGGAUAAUGUCUCAUAAAGAUUAGUAAAAGUAUUUUUACGGCGUACAAAACCAUGCUGAUAGGCAGGAAUAAGUUGGUUAUCGAUUGAAAACUGAAGAAGGCAUUUGAAAACAAGACGUUCAACAAGUUUUGAGACAGAGGAAAGUAAAGAGAUUGGUCUGUAAUUUAACGUAAUGUUAGCUUGGCCUUUUUUGAACAAAGGAAGGAUUGUAGCAUGCUUCCAUACUGAUGGGACUACACCAUGGCGAAAAGAAAAGUUUAUAAUUUUUGACAAGGGACCACAAAGGGAAAAAGCACACUUUUUGAGUACUAAGUUUGGAAUAGAGUCCGGUGAAGAAUUAACUUUAGCCGGCAAGGAAGACAAUAAGUCGUAAACCUGAGAAGGAGAUAGAGUGGGAAGGAAGAUUGUAUUAACCGUAAUAUGGCUGAGAGUGAUAGAGAUAGAUUUAGAUGAAAUAGUAAAUCGAUCAGCAAAAGCUUCAGCCUUAUCUUUGUCAGUAAUGGCAAAACUGUUAUUAGAUGUAAUAAGAGGAGGAUAGUAGAGAACUGGCUUAGAAACAGAUUUAAUGACAUUGAAGAACGAUCUAGGGUUUUUGCUAAGAGCUUUAGUAUCUUUAAAACGGUUGUAGGAUAGAAGAUAAUUAUUGAGUACUUUGUUAGUAAUUUUAAGUUUUAGACUGUGAGACUCAGAGAUAGAGAUUUUAUUCCAUAGAAAUUGGCGAUAUUUGAUAAGGUUACGAAUAUGUGGUGGAAAAUUGUAAUGAUGACAAGAAUUGAUGGUAGGAAUGUGUGUAUUCAUUGCAUCCGUGAUAGAGUUGUUAAAUAGAUUAAGAUAGUUGUCAACAGAGGUUUGUGGGUCAAAUAGGUUAUUUGUGCAAUCAAAUUCAAAACAUAAAGCAUUACUAAGCGAGACGUUGGUAGCUAGCCAAUCUGCUUUGCAAUAAUCAUACUUACUAGCUUUAGAAGAUUUAGGAAGAGAUAGAUUAGUUGUAAAUUGUAUAGUAUUAUGAUCACAGCCUGGAAAAGGCGGCAAAACACGUAGAUCGUAAACAUUAGAACUAUUGUUUGUAAAGACCAGAUCCAAAAUGUUAUUACCUCUAGUGGGUGAAUUAAUUAGUUGAGUAAAAAGAUCUGGGGAAGAAGUCGAGAAAACAUUUAUCAAUACGAGAGUUACUGGAUGGGGGAUUAGAAUCCCAUAAAAUAGAAGAGAAAUUGAAGUCACCUAGUAAAAUAGUGUUUGCUGAACCAGUAGAGAAGUCAAAAAUUAUAUUGCAAAGUUCUAAUGUUUCGUCGUAGCUUAAAGAUGGAGGUCUAUAAACUACUAUAAAACGAGUAGAUGAGGUGCCAGAUGGUGAAACAAUAUCGGCAACGAGGACGUUAAAAGAUUUAGACACAGAUUUAACGAAAGAUAAAGGGAUAGUGUUAUUGUAAAUAAUAGCCACACCACCACCUUUUCGUUUCAAACGGUCGCAUCUGAGAAUACUGUAGUUAGUGUUACGAACGAUAAAAGAGUCAGGAAUAGAACUGUUGAGCCAUGUCUCAGUAAUAAACAUAAAAUGAAAUUUAUUAGUCUUAAGAUAUGAGUGUAAAAAUGGUUUAGAAACUAGACUACGAGAAUUAAAGUAUAAUGAGUAUAUAGGAAAAAGUUUGGGUUUGGGACUAUAGUAGGAGAGAAAAGAGUUUGAAUUUUUUGUAGUAUUUCGAUUAUUAAAAGUAUUAGAAAUAAUAGGAAUAAAGGAGCAAUGGGCAGAACAUAGGAGAAGAUUCAAAAAUAGUUGUUUUGCUUAGAAGGUUAACAAUGGCUAUUAGGUUGUUCACUUAAUUCUGCGCUUUCUCCCAAAACAAAUUUGUGGAAUAAGGGGGUGCAGAAUUAUGUGAACAACCUAAUAGUUCAUAGAAGGGUGAGGUAGAAAACUUAGGUUUGAGGUUGUUCAAAUAGUUAUAAGCAGUAAUACUUUAGUAUAAGAAGUUAUGUUCUAGUAUAAACAGUCACCUUGGUAGUUUUUUUGGGAACGGCCUAGUUUAAUAUCAUGUGGUUUCGAUACUUGAUUGUUUGAAGAAAAAUGUUUUAAAUUGAACGCUUUUUGCAUGUCUUGAAAGUCUGGUUUUAGUUCAGCGAGCUUUUUUAAAUCAGCCUAAUGGUAUUAAUUUUGAAUUUUUAAAUAUAGCCUUAAGGUAUAAAUAAUUUUUUUAAUUAUAAUAGUUAAAUUUUAAAGCUAAAUUUCAUAAAUAUUAAAUGUUUCACAUAAUUCUGUGCUCAUAAGCCUACAAAUUUGCUUUGAGGAGGGGCGCAGGAUUUUGUGAACAACCUGUUAUAUCUUUUGCUAAAAUUAGAAAUGGUUUUUUUUGAAAUAUUUACCUUAAGGCAUGGCAUAGUUUGUGAUUAGAACUUUAAAACAAAAAAGUGAAUUGUAUAGAGAUUGAGUUCGAGUUCAAACAGCUGAUAGCACCCACUCGGACAUGAUUUUAGCCAUUGUUCUUCUCUCUAAUUGUUCGUUAGGUUUCACACUAACAAUGCUAAUAGACAGUCUGGAAUUGAUUAGACUGGUACUGGGUUUAGUACUAUGUAUAGGUCUUGGCGAGAGUAGGGACGUAUUACUAAAUAUUGGCAAGAAGAGUAGUUGUUCUAGGGGAUGGAGAGGGGGGGGGGAGGGGAGAGGUGAUGACAUUAAUUUUGAGUAGAAGAUGUGGGAGGGGUGGUUUAUAGGCUGAAACUUAAGUCUAGCUAACACUUUUUAAAGGGGCGAAAGUUAGUGGGUGUAACUUUGUUUAUUUCGUCGUAAAGUACAAAUUUUAUGCGAAUUUUGAUGAAAAUUCAUAGAAGAACUUAACGUAUUUUACCUAAAAAAAUACAACAACAUAUGUAUGUACUUUAACCUAUUACAAUGUACCCUAAUCUCUUAUUUUCAGUUAAUUUUCGCUGGUGAAUACACAAAGGCCAUGAACAAAGACUGGCAUUCCGACCACUUUUGCUGUUGGCAAUGCGACGUCACAUUGACUGGUCAGAGGUACAUCCUGAGGGACGAGCAUCCAUAUUGUAUCAAGUGCUACGAGGAAGUGUUCGCCAAUACCUGUGAUGAGUGUAGUAAAGCCAUCGGCAUUGAUUCCAAGGUAAGACUAUAGCUGGCAGUACCAACUAUUUUUAUAUAACCCUACAUUUUGUGGAUUUCAUAGUCUUUUUGUGACAAAAAAGUGUGAUAACAAUGUUUUGUGACAUCGCUGUAACACUUUGGAUGUCACACGUCAAACGUUGAGUCCUCGUGCUCGAAUGCACAGCUGGAUGACACUAACGGAACAUUUGUUCAAAGGACUUAUAGUAAACAAGAUUUAUUGCCCUUGUUUAUUAUCAGUUUAUGACGAUUUAUGGCUUGAUUCACUUACAAAUUAUAUGUUGGGGAGAUUGCCUAUUAGUCCUUUCUUUGGCUUAAUGUUAGGCUGGGCUUGCCUCAAAUUUGACUUAAAAUUGGGCUUGGCCAGCCGGUUAGGUCUUUUUAAAUCAUUUAUGAAUCAAAUAUGAGGCGAUGGUUAUACAAAAGCGGUUUUUUUUUGAUUAUCUAAACCAUGGUAAAGUAGGUAUAACUCUAUCUAUCUUUCAGGAUCUUUCAUACAAAGACAAACACUGGCACGAAGAAUGUUUCCUCUGCUCAAUGUGCCGCUUCUCACUGGUCGAUCAGCCGUUCGGCAGCAAAAACGAAAAGAUCUUCUGCUCCAACUGCUACGAUCAGGCCUUCGCGACACGCUGCGACGGAUGUAACGAGAUCUUCCGUGCCGGAAUGAAGAAGAUGGAGUACAAGGGAAAACAAUGGCACGACAAGUGCUUCUGCUGUGCCAUGUGCAAGACGCCCAUCGGAACGCGCAGCUUCAUCCCCAAGAACGACGAAGUGUUCUGUUCCAACUGCUACGAGGAGAAGUUUGCGACACGGUGCUGCAAGUGCAAGAAGGUCAUCAACUCGGGUGGUGUGACAUACAAGAACGAGCCCUGGCAUCGCGAGUGCUUCUGUUGCACGAACUGUGAUGCGUCGUUGGCUGGACAGAGAUUCACGUCUAAGGACGACAAACCGUAUUGUGCCAACUGUUAUGGUGAACUGUUUGCGAAGAGAUGUAGUGCUUGUGUAAAGCCUAUUACAGGUAAGGUUGAGUGAUGGUUUAGGUUAGAGAUUUAGACAUUUUAAACUUUUAUUAAGCUUAAAAACGUUACCUAAAAUUCUAUAAAUUGAAAAAAAAUCUUUGCAAAUGCUUUUGCGGGUGGAGAAAACUGUUUUCAAUUCAUUUUAAUUUUUGCAGCCCUUUAUUUAGGUAUAGAAACAGUACUAUUUGUUUUAUAGUAUGGACAAAUGGCAUUGUUUUUGUACAGCCAUACUAAUGUUCUUUACACUACGUAAAAGAAUGGUUUAUGUACGAAUAGUAUGAUACUAGUAGCGUCCAUUUCUCGGAAUGAUACUACUAGUGUCUAUUUUUAAACCCCAAAAUGUGUUUAUUUCCUGUGGCAAAACGUUUUUGAUUAGCGCUAUAAUUCACGCGAGAAAAGCCCGGAGGCCAUAAAACUAAAUCAGUUGGAAGCGUUUUAUGUGGAAUUAAGCCGACUUUUUAAAAAAUUUUUCAAAACAUUUUUCGGGAACUGAAAUUUAAAAAGAAGACCAAAUUUUUUCCAAAAGCGACUUUUUCAAAUCGGCCGAAUUCUUUUUUAAAUCGGCCGAAAAGUCUUCUUAAAAAACCGGCUAAACAUUCAAAGAACAGCCUAAAAUAAGAAAUGGCAACACUGACCGAAACACUUUGCAGGGAUCGGAGGAGCCAAAUUCAUUUCGUUCGAGGACCGGCAUUGGCACAACGACUGCUUCAUCUGCGCCCAGUGCACGGCCUCGCUCGUGGGCAAGGGCUUCAUCACGGAUGGGGCCGACAUCCUCUGCCCCGAGUGCGCCAAGGCACGGCUCAUGGCCGCGAAUGCGUAG